AUGGACAACCAAGAAAAGACCGUCGACUCGUCGUCCCAGAGCGAAAAGGACAAAGAAUCAACGACCUCACCAAAAGCGACUCGACCUCCACCAAUUCUAUGCCUUGGCGCUCCCCGCAAUGGCUCAGCAUCGCUUAUGAAAGCGCUGCAAAUCCUUGGCUAUCCCAAGGUGCAUCACGGCUGGGAAGCUGCUGAGCUUGAGGAACUUCAAUGGCAAUGGCCUAUUUUCGACAGAGCGGCCGACGCAACAUUCACCAACAUCCCAACGUACCGCGGCAAGCCAUUCUCCCGCGAGGAAUGGGACGAAGUGUUUGGAGACUACGAUGCAGUUUCGGAUGUCGCUUCUUUCUUCGCCGAGUCGCUCAUCCCCGCUUAUCCCGACGCCAAAGUCAUUCUUAUCGAGCGCGACAUCGAGAAGUGGUUUCCGAGCAUGCACGCCGUAGUCAAGAGCUCAACAAGUCCCUUCCAACGAAAACUCGGAGCCAAGAUCGGUGAUCUCUCUGGGUUCUUGAGUCCGAGACCGUGCAACAAGUUUCAUCAAGGCUGGACGAGGGCGCCUUCUCCCAACGACGUUAUCGAAUACCUUAAACCAGCGUAUGUUCGACACAACAAGUACAUCAGAGAUACUGUGCCCAAGGAGCAGCUUUUGGAUUUCAAGCUUUCGGAUGGUUGGGAGCCGUUGUGUCAUUUCUUGGGCAAGGAAGUUCCUGAUGUGCCGUUUCCGCAUGUCAAUGAUUCGAAGGAGUAUGCGGCGAGGGGUAAGAGGUUGGGGAAUAAGAUGAUUAAACUUGCGUUGAGGAAUCUCAUCUUUCCUUGUUUGCGUCCUGAGCCUGCCACCAAGCCCUGA